CAAGCAUCCACAACCUACCUGGUCACUGGCACACCACUCUCGAGUGAGCCAAGAUGACAUUGUUCAUGCCUGUGUAUCAAUUAGUGUCGCCGCAAUGUCAAGAAAAAUUAUUCAUCUCGAAUUAUCCGAGCCUUGCCGCCAUCAUCCGUGUCCACUAGCUAACAUGUUUCCAUCCAUCAAGCGACGUCGCGCCCCCGUCCAAGCCCAUCUGACGCGUUGACAAGGUCACUCUCGACUGCGUCGUCACUUGAUCGGGUGCCAGGCCGUCUUCGUCGCGUCGUCGUCGAGUCUUGGCCGAGUCUCUGCCGGCUUGUCGUCGAGUCCGUCCUCGUCGCCACGCGUCUGCCAAGGGUACCCCGUCUGCCGCUGAUGCAAACGUUCCAGUCCGCCAUAGCUUCCAGGACUUCCUGUUUCCCAAUGGGACUGGCCCAUGCUGUAAUUGUCCAGAGUUGACCGCCCUGCUUCUAUUCCAUCCUGUACAUGCGAAGCCCUCGGAUCCUCUCCCGGACCCAAGGGCUUCCUCAACAUGGAUAAGGACAUGAUGUCCGAGGAGCCCGCCGGCCCCGAGGUCGAAGCUGUGCCAGAGGACAUCCAACAGCAAGAGCCCCAAGAACCUCAUCCAUCACAACCGCUUCAGCAGUACCCAUCUCCGCGGGUCGAAGACUCUGAUGCCUCUUUCUUCCAAGCUGACCGGCAGCUUGACCAGCCGCCGGAUCAGCACCAUGCAGAACCCCCAACCCCACCCCAGCGAGCAUCUCGCCCUGAUGUGAAUGCAGAGGACCUCCAGCUGGGUGGUCCGGGCGAGGACCAGAUCCAGCAGCUACAGCUUGCUGCCCAGAUGUCCCAGGCCAUCUCCGGCGUGGUCGGCGGUUCGAACCCGGAAGACGAUGACUUUGACUCCCAAGAACCUAACCUCCAAAGCCUCCAACAGCUUCAAGACACGCCGGAAGCCCACAUGCAGGGCCAAGCGCAUGGGCUUCCCGAGCUGCCAGAGAACAUCCAGCCCGGCAUUCAGCAGGAUCUGCAACAGAGUCUUCAGCAUGUCAUGCCGCACCCGCACCCGGACGGCCAGCAGGAGCCUCAGCUGUCUCAGCAUGGGCAGCACGCAUCUCAUGCACACCAUGCCCAAUACAUGGACCCCCAACAACAGCAACCCCACCUCGGUCCACCUGUCCCCAUGGGGCUUGGCCAACCUCAGUACGGUGUCGGUGAUGUACCACCCCGAAAGAGAUCCAAAGUCAGCAGGGCUUGUGAUGAGUGUCGAAGGAAGAAGGUCAAGUGCGACGCUGCAUCGGAAACAGGUGAGGAGGCUUGUUCCAACUGCCGCCGCUCAAAUGUGCGAUGUCUUUUCAGUCGAGUUCCACAGAAGCGCGGACCGUCAAAGGGUUACAUCAAGGAGCUGGCAGACCGGAUCCACUCUAUCGAGGGCAAGCUGGGAGGACAGGCCGCAGCAGAAUUAGCCGGCGAGCUGGCUGCAUUACCGAGGCGAGACCUCGCCGACACUUAUGCUGCGGCUGCGGCGGCACAUGCAGACGAGUCUCGAAAGCGACCGUACGCUCACAUAUCCACCGAAAACUUCUCUACGCCCUCCCCAGUCAGGCAGACAGGGCCGCCGUCCGAAUCACGCCCUGCAUUCUCCCAACAGGCAUCUUACUCUGCCAACAGCUUGGGUCUCAAGCCUCUUCUGCCGAGAGAGAGUCCCAGUGCGACGCCGCCGCAGCCUCCUAAUGUGGAACCUCUCCAAGAAGAAACACAGUCUUCACAAUCUGACCAUCUUUUACCUGGGGUUCAAGAUGACGCCUUCAACGCAUACCUGGCCAUUGUACACCACGUCUUGCCUUUCCUACCCAGCUCCAAAGACAUUCUGAACUCGCAUCUGGCACAAUGCACUCCCCACCUGCGUAAUGCGUUCAUCGAGGCCCUCAAUUCCGCUAUUGGGUCCUUCGCCGUCCGCGAUGUGCAAGGCAGCCUAGCCCACGCGAAUCGGCUUCUGGCAGACUUCGAGGUCGAGGGCGGUAGAAAGUCGCAAGUUGCUCCUCUUGUACACCUGCAGUGUCUGAUCCUCAUGAUCAUCAACACUGAUAAUGUUGGUCCGCUCUCGCUUUCUGGAGAACACCAAGGUCCACCCAAGGCUUCUCUCCUGGGCCGAGCCGCCGGUGUAGCCUACACAAUGUCCGUCCCACAAGAAGCCAUCGCCUCAGAUGGUCUUUCCGACGUGGAGUCAGAUCAGUGCAUCCGGAUCCGAGCGUGGUGGACACUGGUCAUAUUGGAUCGAUGGAAUGCUCUCUCCACAGCAACUCCCCUGACAAUUUCGGGCGAUACGAUUGUACUGCCUUCGAACCUGAAGCCGAUCGUGGGCGAGGCAAACUUCCGUUUCACUCUAUUGUCGUACAUCAUGGGGCACUGGGUGCCUGCAUCGGUACUUGCACCUACGAAUACGACCCCGGGAGCUGCCGCCAGGGCCGCUGCCACUUUCCACCUAAACAUGGAGAUGUGGCGCGCGCAUUUCCCAGGAGACAUACAUCCGGACGUGGAACCCAUCCUGCACCUAGCGUACUGGCACUGCCGAUUGCUUGCGUUCCUAUUCACACCAUCGUCGUUGCUGACAGAUGUUCUUUGGGCUGUCAAAGAAUCUGUCGGGCUUCUGACCACACACUCCCAGAUGAUAAGCCCAUUAAAUCAUCAUUUCACGUCCUUGGUCGCGUUGUGUCUAUUGGAGCUUGCAAAUAUCAAGGCUUCAGAGGGGGAAGCCAAGGAGCUGCUACAUCAACUUUUGGAGGCAAACAUCGCCCCGUCGAGUUGGGAUGGGCCGAUUCGAAACAAGAUUCGGGACAGCAUGCGCCCCCUCCCCAACGACUCUGUCGAGGCUACUGCCAGCCAAAGCCUCCAACAUCUCGCCGACCUCGCUGCCGCGGAGGCUCCGCCGGCUGGUGUCAGUAACGGCACAAAUGCGCCUGUUGCAGCUAUGCAGACGGAUAAUGGAGAUGUUGAAGACGUGCCGAAGUUCCGCACCAGCGACACAUACGAAGACCUUGGUUUCGACCCGCGACAAAUGUUGUGCAGCGGCUACCUCAAUGCCAUCGGCCAGUACCCCUCUUGAGACGAGGAAUACUAAAGCUUUAUCCAGAGACGUGUCUGGGAAUCAGCACUCUGAUCCCGCUUGACUUCAUUUGACGGGAUGAAGUGCACGGCCUCCUUCAUGGGCGUCAAUUAGUUUUCCCUGAAUGAUGUGGUCAUGUACCUUUGGUCACUUCAAGCACGCUUAGUGUUUUGUACCGGCAAUAAAAGACUGCCGUUUCAUGAAGACUUAUUGUUACAUUCUACGGGUUCAACAGCCCCGUUCCAAGAAGCCCAAAACAAGCUAUAUUUCAACACUUUCACAGGUCCACAGCUCAUAUAGCUCAUCAUCAAGGGGUUGGGCAUCAGUGACUGGUUUGACAAGGCAAAGCAUAGUAAUGAGUACUACUAGUCUUCCAAGACAGGGAGCGACCACUCAGAAGACGAAGAGUCUUUGUAUGAUCUGUUUUUCACUUCGAGACAAGAACGCUAUGUGAGGCUCAUUUUGGGCCCCUCUGAUAAAGACUUUGUAUACGUUGAGACACCCGGUCAUUCGGUAUACUGUGACAAUAGUCUCUCGGCCUUGCACCCUGCGGACUGAUGCUUUUGCUUCGGCCCAGUCACCUCUAGAUGCGUCUUAAGGAUUUUCAGAAUGCAAUAAUAGCUUGAUAAG